UUAGUUCUUCACUGUCACCGCAGCAGGAGGGUGAUACCUGUGAGCAGACACCUUGGAGGGGACUAUUAGGAACAGUUUAGAAAAUACUGCAGUGGCUGUAAAAGUUAUUCAGAUAGAAGGAAGAUUGUGACGGGGCAGCAGAGUAACUUUUCAGACACUGAGGGUGCAAUGAAUCCAAGUCCCCAGCAGCCCUCCCCACAGGCCUCCCGGGAGCCACAACACAUGGGUUCCUACAUACUGAUACCACCAAAUGAAUCAAGGAGAGAGGAACUUCAACGAGUGGCUAGGCAAGAAGUUGAAAACUGGGAUAACUGGAAGGAGGCUCAGAGACUAGGCCCCAUAAACCUUAUACCAUCGCAAGUGGGGGGUUAUAUACCAGAAGCAGAAGCAAGGCAGAGGCAACAGUUGGUGCAGUCACAAUCCAAGUACCAAAAAAUGCUUCAGAGAGAAGAACGCAAAAGGAAAGAAAAGGAAAGAGAAGAUGCAGACAUACAGCAAAUGAAAGACAUUCAAAGGCAAAAGGCUGAAAAACUAGAACAAAAGAAGAGAGAUGAAUACAUGGCAAGGCAACUACAAUGGCAAGAAGACAUGUGUUUAAGGAAUAAUGCAUUUCUGAAUCGUAUAUCCCAGCCAGUGGACAACUAUCAAACUGACAAUAGUGUUGGGGACAAGCAAAAUGCGUGGGCAAGGAGAGAGACCUACAAACAACAACAAAAACAAGACGAGGAAAGAAGACUACAGGAAAUGAAAGCAGAACAGCGUAGGAAGAGUGAAUUCCAAGAAUCUAAACAAAGACAGGAAGAAGAAGAAAGGAUGGCAUCUCACAGAGAUCACCAGAGAAGGGUGAACAGUGCUUUUCUGGACAGACUUGAAAGAAAAAAACACUGCUAACGCAUGG